AUUCAUUCGAUUCCUGCUGGGUACUGUUGCUUAUUAUAGGCUGCUGAUCGGGAAAAAAACGCUUUAUUUCAGUUUGCCUCUGAAGGUUCUUAUACAGGUGCACAAGAAUGGUAGUGUAUGAACCGAAUGCCAGUCAUUAUGAGUUACUCUCAGACAUCGGCAAAGCUUGUGAUGGGGCAGCAACGGUAUACUUGGCCCAGCAUACGCCCUCAAGCACAUUUGUUGCAGUACGCAAGACAGAUUUAGAAUCUGAUAAAGCAUCUUUUGCUAAUUUACAGCAUGAGUUCCAUUUAAUGCGACUGCUGCAACAUGAGCACCUUCUUUGUUGUCAUUGUGCAUUUGUUGUUGCUAAUGAAUUAUGGGAAGUCAUGCCUCUUAUGGACUAUGGAUCUGCUCAAGAUAUUGUAGCAGCCAAUUUUCCUGACGGAUUGGGUGAAUUAUCCAUAGCAUACAUUCUCCGUGAUGUUCUUACUGCACUUGAUUAUAUCCACAAAAUGGGAUUCAUACACAGGAGCAUCAAGAGUAGCCACAUCCUCCUGUCCCAAAAUGGCCGCAUUCUUAUGACUGGACUCAGUACUGCCGUUAAUAUGGUCAAGGAUGGUCAGCGACUUCGAGCAGUCCACGAUUUUCCAACUCAUGCUGUCAAGAACCUGCCGUGGCUUGCACCAGAAAUAUUAGAACAGAAUUUACUGGGCUAUGAUACAAGGAGCGAUAUCUACAGCAUUGGAAUAACAGCGUGUGAACUAGCCAAUGGAUGUAUUCCUUUCUCUGACAUGGUAUCAACUAAAAUGCUACUUGAGAAGAUAAAUGGAACCACCCCAAAACUGCUGGAUGCUACCACUCUGGGAGAGGAGCAACUUAUGUCCCAGGCAGACUCUGGUAUAGACACUGGUAUGGUUGGCAACAGUGCAUCGUCAAGUAGGCACAGUUCCAACCCCUACACAAGAGUUUUCUCAUCCCAAUUCCAUCAGUUUGUUGAUAUAUGUUUACUGAGAGACCCAUCUGAAAGACCUAGUGCGGCAGCUUUAUUAACUCAUCCAUUUUUUAAACAAGUGAAGAAAAGAACCAGUGAACUCUUAACUUCUGUUCUGCAAUACUUAAAACCAAUAACACAAACUGAACAGCUCUUGAAGAAAGUAACUAGGCCUGAUGUAAGAGACACUGCACAGCAGCUACAGGAAAUGGAUGUAACAGAUAAUUGGGUCUUUGACUGAACAUGUGAUCUUGUGAGUAGAUGCUGAUUGGCCAGAUGGGAUACUGAGCAAUAUGUUAGCAACUGAGAACAGGUCAGAUCGUUGUUGAAGGAUGAUGGGAUGUGAGAUGCAUAGGAUCUGUUUGAGAAUUUUUUUUGAGAAAAUGUGAAUUUUAUCUUAAUUAUGAAACCCAUUUGGUGGUUUCCAGUAGAAUUUAAUGUAAGAUAAAUAAAUUUAUUGCAAAAAUAUAAAGCAAAAAAAAAACAGCAAUAAACAAAGAAGUCGAAGGAUUUUCAAGACAUAGAAUUUUUCUAUUAUAUAUAUCAACUACUAUUAAAUAGCAUUAAAAAAAUCUACUGCUAAAUAGUAUCAUUAUGUAUACAAUUUCCAUUGUUUGGAGGUGAAACUAACUAGGAGUUGCUUGGCAACAGGGAACAGGAUUCCAUUUGAGAUAAUGCUUAGCGGUCAUGCACUUAGGCAAUUUACACCUGAUUCACGCAAGACAAAAUUUUACACAGGACGCGUGUUAAUAAUUGCACGGACUUUGGCCAAAUUAUUCCUACAAAGACAGUUACAUUCCCACAAGCAAAUACAAAUUUGCUAAUUAAAAGCUGAUGAAAUGGAUAUGGUGUUGAUUUUUCUUAGUUUAGGAUAGUAAAUGUUUAAAAUCUACUAGGCCUACACGUAGGGGCCUAGUCAAAUUUCUCUCCUGCGUCUGUGAUUAUCUUCGGCAUUUCACAUGAAUAUAAUUUAUCAAAAAAUAAUAUAAUUUUGAACUUGAGGGUUAUCCUAAAAAGAUUUUGCACGGAAUGACAGAUAAUGAAGAUAUACAUGCAACACCACAGAGUAACAUAAGCGAUGUGCCCAUGAGUAAACAGUGCUAAAUAUCUUCAAAGUGUUACCAGCUUUUGCGAUGUCUGUUUUCCUGCGUGGUUAUUACACAGGACGCAUACUAAUUUGUGGUCAGUUGGAGGCAAUGUAGUAAAGGACACAUUCACCAUUAUAACUGUUUAAAAUGCAAAUAAUAAUAGCUGGUUAAAUAGGCAGACAAUCAAGAUAUAAUAUGCGGCACCACGAGCAUGCACACACUGAACAUGCUAAGUAUUCCGAGGCCUCAUAUUUUGGAAAUUACCUUGGAAUACAUACCACUAUUACACGGAUGUGCAUCCAAAUAGAGGAGAAACUUAGUGAGGGACGCACGCACGCUCAAUUUUUCCUAGCAGGCAUCACGUUUAAUAUUUUGUUUGUGCGAGUCUGGUCAAGAUGAAGGUAUAUUUGUACUUAAAAUGUUUAUCCUAAACUGUUGAUGCUGUAGCUGUGUUUGAUAGAAAUUUCCCUUACAGAUUUAUCAUCACAUCUACACUUCUUGGGAAUUUAAAGCACUCAAUUGCAGCAUACUCAUGUUCAUUUCUGUUUGCAACCAUGGAUAACACAGAAAAGUCAUGAAAAGUGAAACUAAAUUAAGCAGGCUGGAAUAAAUCAUUAAAACUGAUAAAUAAGAUCACAACAUUAAUAAUGUUGCUAGUCCCAUUACCCAGGGUCAGUUUGAAGACAAGUGCAGCACUCACAUCAUGCAGUUGCAUACGAUAAUACUGAGUAAGUCUAAAGGAGUUUAUACCAAAUUGGCUGAAUAGUGAACAGAGGUUUGGGUUCGAAUCCCAAUUGGGAAGAACUAUUUAAUCAUUCUUUAUUCAUUUUAAUUAUUUUUUUGGAAAGAUUACUUUGUAACCAUUUUAGUAAAUUAAUUAAUAUAAAAAAUGUUUGUUAUUGAUAAAAUUUAAAGGGAGUAUAUUGUAUUUUAUCAUUGGUCAGUUAGAACAGUAUGAUGGGCGUACAUUAAAAAAUGGAAAAACUACCAGAAUUUUACAUACAGGAUAUUCAUAAGAGAAUACAGUAAUAUCCAUAUUGAGGUGUUUCUUUACAGAGAAAAAAAAAUUGGCAGCUAUCCAGAAACCCAGCAGCGUAUCAAGCAGUUGUCUGGAAAACAUUAUGUUAAAACAUUAAUGUGAUUGGUGGGUGUGAAUAUGGGAUGUAUUUAGAACAUAGCACAUAGUAAUGUAAUACCUAAUGACUCACAGUGAUAGUCAUAAAUAUUAUAUGCACAUCUGUGUGGAAUUGUAAGUGGAAGCACUGCAGUACUUAAACUUCAUUUUAAGCUUUUCAUCUCUCAUUUGAAAUCCAUGAGAUUUUUGAGUCUUACUUAAAAGCUUGUAAUCAUAUUUAUGGAUAAGAACUGUUAUAAUAAUUUGAAAAUUUUUACAAUUGAUUUUCUGGUUGCAAGCCAAUCAAAUCAAUAAACCUUUGUUACCGAAUCCUUUAUUUAAUUAGCUGGUAUAUUUAUCCAUUGAACUUUUUACCUAUUACACUGUACCAUACAUUCUUCCAGUUACAUUUUUCUGAAUUCAGUCCUCCCAUUGGUGUCUGUGAAUGUGAUGGGCAUUAUUCACCCUAAAGCAACUCCCCAAUCCACCUUUUGCACUUGGUUAAUUUGGGGUAGUGACAUCAUCUGUAUGAGGUAUUAAAUAAAAACAUUACCAAAGAGCGGGGCUAUUACUGUAAAUUUCUGCAAAAGGUGGAUUGUUAUCAGAGGUAAAUUAUUGGUUGUUGAAUAAUUCUCUCCUGAUUAGUACCUGGGGAUUAAUUUGAUUUGUGAAUUAACCCUCCGAUGUUAUUUGUGAGGGACAUUAGUCCCCCUCCCUCAAUUGGUAUCUACAGGGAAAUACUGUAAGUUGUACCACAACUAAACACCCCCCCCCCAUGAGCCACUGUGUCGUCUGAGUAAUUCAGGUAAGAAAGUAUGUAUAAUGAAUGAAGCGUGAUCUAAGCAUUUGUUUUGUUACUCUACUGUAUAUUGGGUCAUCUUCAGGAUAGAUAUUUAUCAAUGCUCAUAACCUCCAAAAAAUUUUUACCUCAGAGACACAUCAAUCUUGGACUCGUAUUGGCACCUCAAAGAAUCAGUAAACUUUACCUCCUCAAUAUAGGAGGGGGAGUUCAUUACCAGUUGUCUUAACUAGUCCCUUCCCACUGAUAUCUUGGAGAUUAUGUCUAUGAACUCCAUUGUCAUACGAUAUGUACCCUUUUUUGUGGUUUUUUGUAACACAAGGCCUCAUGAUGCGAGUUCACAUCCAAGCGUAGCACUUUCGUAUUGUAUGUAAACUCGCUUUCAGUUAUGUUUGAUUACAGUUGUGGAAAUAAUCUUGAUUGUGGUGGCACGCACUAUGUCUUGUCACAUGUACAAGAUACUGUACAUGGCAGUGAAUGUGUUAAGAAUGUUUUGUAAUAAGCAAAUAGUAUAGCUGCACAUAGUACACUAGCAGAUAAUAUAUGAAGUUAGAUUAAUGCAUGAAAAUAUUUUUGAAUGCAUUAAUCUAACCUUGGUCAGGAUUUUUGGUUUUAGCUUUUCCAUUGCAUUUCAGUUCUUUAACUGUGGCUUUUUAUGACAAGCUUCUGGAAACUGCAACGGUUCUGUUAAGUCAACAUUUUUAAUUUUCAUGACAUACCUAGCCAAAGAAAACUUAAUCAACAUCAUUUUUUCUUUGAAUAAAAGUCAUCUUUCUUUGUCCGGGCCGAUAGAAUCUUGCAAUUAUUGCGUCUAGACUAAGGCCACUCACUAGGCCUAGAACUAAUUCUUUAUCUACUGUGUCACCCAAGUCGUCAGGAAAUAAUUCUAUGGAGUCUUGGCCUCCCAGACCUAGGCCUACAUCUUAAAAAUUUGUUCCUUGAGACUUGAAAUACGUCUCAAAUAGUCCAAUUCCAAAUUCCUCUUUUUCUUUAUUUUUGGCAUCCAUAUAAUUCAAUAAAACCCUUAAAUCCCCUGCUGCAAAAAUUUUAAAGCGAUUUUCAGCUUUUAGUUUUACUGGCUCCAUGUUCACGACACUAUAUCAUUAUCAACAAAUGCUCGAGUAUAUCAUCUGCCCAGGGCCUGAACUGCCUUUCCAGGCGUGCCUUGUAGUACAGCUAAGUGUAAAACGCAUAGCAAAUAGUAUAGAUCUGCAAGAGGUCCGACUCUCUUGGUUUAGUUGGAACAUAGUCCUAUUUAAAAAAUUACUACCACAAACUAGAGGUUGUCCUACAAAAGGCAAGUUUCAAACUCUAUUUGAAUUCUAAUAGGGCGCCCCCUAUAUCAUGGUAGUACUUUUUUAAACGUCGCAUUGUGUGCAUACAAAAUCAGGGCAGUCAGACCUCUUGCAACUCUAUACUCUUUGCGCAGAGCUAGCCAAUCCUCGCAGUUACAAAAACAUGAAGUACUUUUUUUUCGCGAACAAAUGUAAAAGAAGUCAAGCAAACUGUGCACUAAUGAAAAAUUAGUGCACAGUUUGGGGAUAGGAAAAUAACAUUUGGAGUUACAGUGAUGAUGUCAUGCUUGGCUUGUAAUAUGUUUUAUAAAAAUUCAUAUUCUGUACAUGUUAGAACUUUUGUCAAUGUAUGUGCAUUAAUUUUGAAAUAAACUGAACCUCAGUUGAUA